GUCAUUACAGGGACUGAAAGGUGAUAUUAUCACUGUCUCCUUCAAACAUGAAAGAGGCGGUAGCAUUGUUGGUACUCCUGUAAGACAGGGCUGGCUCUUUAAACACAGGGAUUAUUUUCUCUCUCUCGCUUUUCUCCCUUCUCUCCUUUCUCAAAUGCAUUCUUUCCAGUGCCGAGCCGCUUCAAAGGAUGAAUAAUGACCGCCUCUGUUUGCAGCUCAGGGUUAUUAUUCCAUGUGAGAGCCUGUGGCUGCACCGGACUGGGAUCUGCUGCUGUUGGCUGGCUGUGCAGGGGACAUUAACAUAGGGACUGUUUACAAGGGGCAUUUAAACCCAGAGAGAGAGAGAGCAUCCCAGAUCUCCUUUCUGCUGGGAUCACCCGUAGUGACAGGGAUCUCCUGCAUCAUCAUCUUCUUCAACAGCAGGCCCCUUCAUCUCAUGCAACCUCUUCGCCCAGAGCUUCCGUACUGACCCUGCUUUCACCAGGAUCUCCCAUGUCAAAGCUAGAAAAAAAAACUGAAUCCACCCACAUGCAUGGUCCUUUAAAUAGGCAAGUCCUAUGUGCAUCUCUCAGUGAGACCGCAGCAGGCAGAGGCUGAGCAAGGAGCAGGGGAUCUGAACUGAUGGAAGAACCAAAAGAUUCUUUGACAUCUGCAGAAAGAGGACACCAGAAAAAAAAAGUUGCUAAACCGAAGAAGACAUGGAAAGGAAAGGCCCUGUUUAUCCUCGGAGUACUGUUUGCCCUGGCAGUUAUUGCUUUAAUUAUUACAGCCGUAGUACAGAAUAAACCUCUCCCAGAGAAUAUUAAGUAUGGCAUUGUGUUAGAUGCUGGCUCCUCGCACACAAGUCUGUAUAUAUAUAACUGGCCGGCGGAGAAAGAAAAUGAUACAGGCGUUGUAAAGCAAGUUGAAGAAUGUAAAGUUGAAGGGAAUGGUAUAUCUAGCUAUUACAAAGAACCAGGCAAAGCUGGCCCUUCUCUCGAGGCUUGCGUGAACAGAGCCCAGCAAGUAAUUCCGGAGAACAAGCACAAGGAAACACCAAUUUAUUUAGGUGCCACAGCUGGAAUGCGGUUGCUCAGAAUGAGUAACCACACGUUGGCCAAUGAAGUGCUUUUAUCAGUGGAGAACACUUUGCGGUCCUCCCCCUUCGACUUUCAGGGUGCCAGAAUAAUCACAGGACAGGAUGAAGGAGCGUAUGGGUGGAUUACCAUUAAUUAUCUGUUAAAUAACUUUGUACAAGAUUCAAGCGUGUUAAAUCUUCUGCCGAACUUUAGAAAGGUAGAAACAUCAGGUGCCUUGGAUCUUGGUGGAGCCUCUACGCAAAUCACUUUUGUAUCCAAUGAAGAUAUUGAAUCCCAAGAUAAUUCAUUGCACUUCCGAUUGUAUGGUAAAAAUUACAAUGUAUACACGCACAGCUUCCUGUGUUAUGGUAAAGAUCAAGCUCUUCGCCAGCAACUAGUAAAAAAUUUACCGAGUGCAGAAAACGCCACGAUUUUCGAUCCCUGCUUUAACUCCGGAUACAGACGGAAUAGUAGCACCAGUGAACUUUAUAGCAGUCCCUGUGUGUCUGAAUACAGUACACUCGAUGGUCCGAUUAAUUUUGAGAUUAAAGGGACAGGAAAUUAUCAUCUAUGCAAGGCAAACGUCCAAUCAAUCUUCAACAGAACUCACUGCCCUUAUUCUCAGUGUUCUUUCAAUGGUGUAUUCCAGCCUGUGGUACAGGGAAGAUUUGGAGCUUUCUCUGCGUUCUAUUUUGUGAUGGACUUUUUAAAGCUUACCCAGGAAAAGGCCACACUGGACGAAGUGAAAGAGAGGGUCCAACAACACUGUUCAAGACCAUGGGAUGAAGUGAAGACAGAGUUUCCAAAAAUCAAGGUGAAAUAUCUAAGUGAAUACUGUUUUUCUGGAGCAUACAUCAUAACUCUCCUUGAACUUGGAUAUGGAUUUAAUGCAGACAAUUGGAAAGAUAUCAGCUUUUUAGGAAAGAUCAGUGGAAGUGAUGCAGGGUGGACUCUUGGUUAUAUGCUUAACCUGACCAACAUGAUACCAGCUGAACUGCCUCCUUCACCUCCAUUGUCCCAUGGUGUUUAUGUUGGACUUAUGGUGUUCUUCUCCAUAUUCUUGGUCUUCAUCAUUUUGACUUGCUGGUUGGGCCACCGGAAACCAAGAUGUCUACAGAAAGGAAUAAUUUAGAAAUAUGGACAAAAGAUUGUUAGAGCUUGAUGGACUCAACACCUGGGAGUAGUUUCACUGGGGAUUUUUGGUGGUAGAUUUUUACCAAGAAGAACAUUCCCUUUUAUGAGCACAUUGGACUACAUGAAAAGUCUAAAAAAGGAACCACUAUGUACUAUAAUAUGGAACUGAACUGUAGUUCUUGAACGGGUCAACUUCAUAUUAAUGAAGAUUGUAUGAACAUUAUAUUUUUCAGAAGAAGCCAAUGGAAGACUGUGAGUAAAUGUUUAAACCAAUUAACGUACAAAUGGGGCUCAUCAUCAAAACUACAAAAAAAAACGGAUCUCAGGUUACAUCAUACAAUUAGUUAUUUUAUUGUAUUUUUAUAAGUCUACAUCAUUUAUAAUAGUUUCCAUCCCUCUGUUCGUGUCAAGAAAGCCAUAGCCAAUUGCUACUGUUGAAGUACUCAAACAUGCAUUACAUUUCUAUAAAAACAAACAAAUGA